AUGCCGCCCGCUCGGCCACCCCUCUCUCCCGUCGGUCCGCGGGCCUCUCGCCCUCCCGCCACCGCUCUCGCGCUUGUGCCGCGUCUCGCGCGUGGUCUUCUCGUGAGAGACCUCGCGCCGCAGGGCGCGUGCCGUCCCCCUGCCUCGCGGCGCGGGGUCUCGCGGGCCCCGCUCCCGCCCUCCGCUCGCCUGGCCCGGACCGGAAGCGGCGCCGCACGGCCUGGGCCUGGCGCGGGGGGCGGGCUCUGGGGCCCGGUCGGACAUGGGCAAGAAGCACAAGAAGCACAAGUCGGACCGACACUUCUACGAGGAGUACGUGGAGAAGCCCCUGAAGCUGGUCCUCAAAGUGGGAGGGAGCGAAGUCACUGAGCUCUCCACGGGCAGCUCCGGGCACGACUCCAACCUCUUCGAAGACAGAAGCGACCAUGACAAACACAAGGACAGAAAACGGAAAAAGAGGAAGAAAGGAGAGAAGCAGGCUCCGGGGGAAGAGAAGGGGAGGAAAAGGAGAAGAGUCAAGGAGGAUAAAAAGAAGCGAGAUCGAGACCGUGUGGAGAGCGAGGCAGAGAAAGAUCUCCAGUGUCAUGCCCCUAUAAGAUUAGACUUGCCUCCUGAGAAGCCUCUCGCAAGCUCUUUAGCCAAACAAGAAGAAGUAGAACAGACACCCCUUCAGGAAGCUUUGAGUCAACUCAUGAGACAAUUGCAAAGAAAAGACCCAAGUGCUUUCUUUUCAUUUCCUGUGACGGAUUUUAUUGCUCCUGGCUACUCCAUGAUAAUUAAACACCCAAUGGAUUUUAGUACCAUGAAAGAAAAGAUCAAGAAUAAUGACUACCAGUCCAUAGAAGAACUAAAGGAUAACUUCAAGCUAAUGUGUACUAAUGCAAUGAUUUACAACAAGCCGGAGACCAUUUAUUAUAAAGCUGCAAAGAAGCUGUUGCACUCAGGGAUGAAAAUUCUUAGUCAGGAGAGGAUUCAGAGCCUGAAACAAAGUAUAGACUUCAUGGCAGACUUGCAGAAAACUCGGAAACAGAAAGAUAGAACAGAUGCCUCUCAAAGUGGGGAAGACAAUGGCUGCUGGCAGCGAGAAAGGGAAGACCCUGGAGAUGCUGAGGCACAAGCCUUCAAAAGCCCCAACAAGGACAAUAAAAAGAAAGACAAAGAUAUGCUUGAAGACAAAUGGAGAAGCAGCAACUCGGAAAGGGAGCACGAGCAGAUUGAGCGUGUUGUCCAGGAGUCAGGGGGCAAGCUGACCCGGCGACUGGCAAACAGUCAGUGUGAAUUUGAACGAAGAAAACCAGAUGGAACAACAACCCUAGGACUUCUCCAUCCUGUGGAUCCCGUUGUAGGAGAGCCAGGUUACUGCCCUGUAAGACUGGGGAUGACGACUGGAAGACUGCAGUCUGGAGUGAACACGCUGCAGGGGUUUAAAGAGGAUAAAAGGAACAGAGUAACCCCAGUGUUAUACUUGAAUUAUGGACCCUAUAGUUCUUAUGCCCCACAUUAUGACUCUACAUUUGCCAAUAUCAGCAAAGAUGAUUCUGAUUUAAUCUAUUCAACAUAUGGGGAAGACUCUGAGCUUCCAAACAAUUUCAGCAUCUCUGAGUUUUUGGCCACAUGCCCAGAUUACCCGUAUGUUAUGGCAGAUAGUUUACUGGAUGUUCUAACAAAAGGAGGACAUUCCAGGAGCCUACAGGACUUGGACAUGUCAUCACCUGAAGAUGAAGGCCAGACCAGAGCAGUGGACACAGCAAGAGAAGCAGAGCAGAAUACACAAAUAGAGCCAACAGGGCGCUUGGAGUCCAGCAGUCAGGACAGGCUCACAGCACUGCAAGCAGUAACAAACUUUGGUGCUCCAGCUGAAGUCUUUGACUCUGAAGAGGCUGAGGUGUUCCAGAGGAAGCUUGAUGAGACUACAAGAUUACUCAGGGAGCUCCAAGAGGCACAGAAUGAGCGGCUGAGCACCAGGCCUCCUCCCAAUAUGAUCUGUCUUUUGGGUCCUUCUUACAGAGAAAUGUACCUUGCUGAACAAGUAACCAAUAACCUUAAAGAACUCACACAGCAAGUGACUCCAGGUGAUGUUGUAAGCAUACAUGGAGUCCGAAAAGCAAUGGGAAUUUCUGUUCCUUCCCCCAUCAUGGGAAACAGCUUCGUAGAUUUGACAGAAGGAGGUUCCUUGGUGACUGCUAGCUAAGAACCAUGGCAUGGUGAAGUUCUGUGGCAGUGGAGUCAUUUCCAAGAAGGAGUGGGAUGUUUGGUCCUCUCAUUUUGAAUGGUCUGGAGCACGGGAAGACACCAUCUCACAAAGCUGGCUUUUGCCUUGACUUGUCUGAGAACAACUUGGCAUUUGUUAAGGGCCUCAAUUCACAGGCUAAGGUCCUUAACACGUGUUCUCGCCAGGUAGAUUGUACUUGAAGCUAUGCAGAGUCAGCUCAGAAGAUUGAAGGAAAGACAAGGGGUACACAGGUUGUCCAAGCCUUCUAUACAGGCUUUCCCAUGGAAAGAAAGCUGGACAUAGUAGUGUACAUGAGUAAUUGAAGCCCCAGGAGACUGAAACAGGAAGGUUGAAAGAGACCAACCUAGGCUGACUCUGUCUCCAAAAAAAUAAAGUGCAGACAAAAGAA